CUUGAGGUUGCGUCCAGCAUACAAAAACAAGAGGAUGUUAAUGCGUUUCAACAACCCAAAAGCGGAACCGAGUACGUAGCUCCCUAUCAUGCACUGAGACUAACUAAAGCCUUAAAUAAACAUACACAGUUUACCAUUAAGUUAGGGAAAAGGAAGAUCGCGAGACAUCAUGAGUAAAGUACCUCAGAGCGUAGAGCUUAAGGCCACAGGAGGGGCAGCAAAUUUGGACACUAGCAAGAUGGCGGACAUGUCAGUGGAGGAUAUCACAAUGAGAGCCAACCAAGUGACAGAUGAGUCACUUGAAAGUACUAGGCGGAUGCUACAGAUGGCAGAGGAGAGUCGGGAGACAGGAGUUAAAACAAUGACCAUGCUGGAUGAGCAAGGAGAGCAACUGAGACGUGUUGAUCAAGGAAUGGACCAGAUCAAUCAGGACAUGAGACAGGCCGAGAAGAACUUGACUGAUCUGUCCAAAUGCUGUGGUCUGUGUGUGUGCCCAUGUGACAGAGUGACUUCCAUUGAGCAUGACGGGCGGUAUAAGCGCACUUGGGGCACAGGCAGUGACAACUCCAGCACAGUGGGAAAAGAGGGGGGUGUAGUGUCCAGCCAACCAGCAGCCAUCCGCAAUGGGCAAGCUGUUUCUGGUGGGUCAGCGGCCCCCUCUGGUGCCUAUAUCAAGAGAGUAACAAAUGAUGCACGCGAAGAUGAGAUGGAGGAAAAUCUGGAUCAGGUGGGCAGCAUCAUUGGGAAUCUAAAGAAUUUGGCAAUGGACAUGGGCAACGAGAUAGAAAAACAGAACAAGACUAUUGACCGCAUCACUGAUAAGGCUGAUAUGAAUAAAGCUCGCAUUGACGAAGCCAACCAGCGAGCCAACAAACUUCUUUAAGGAAUGAACUGCCCACAUCACUCAGGAGCCUGAUUAUGACCUUUUUACACACACAAGCACACUUUCUUCUUCACAGCAAAGAAUUUCAGCAAGGGAGUUCUUCGAAUGCCAUCAGUGCCUUUUUAUUGCAGUCUUGAUGUUCUUUUGUACAAAGAAGUGUAUACACACACACACACACACACACACACACACACACACACACACAGAGCUUCCUGUACAAUUAAGUCUUCACCCAUAUCAUGUGAGACAAAUAUGCUGGAUGCACAGAGUUUUGCUCACUACUGUCCUCUCAGUCUGUUAUGGAUGGAAUCUAAUCUCUGGGAGAUCUCUCCCUGUACUUGAGUCAACCUGGCUAAUAGUUUCAGUAAUUUGGAUGAGGGGCCAAAGACUUGACAGAAUCUUUAAUGUCCUUAUAUGCUGCCCUUAUAGCCUUUGAUGUAUGUUUGGGCUAAUCCUAUAAUGUUUGGUUUUAUGUAAUUGUUUUGUGUUCAGCUGUAUCUGUGACUGAUUAUACUCAUAUUUAAUUAUCUUAAAACAUUAAUGGACCUUGUGAGCACAAUUUGUCCUUUUCAGUGUUUUGGGGGAAAUGUAUGUUAGUGUCCUUUUGGCAUAAUUUACCAUGCUUUAUAAGUAUAGGACAUUUCAAUAUAUCUAUUUUAUUUCUAAUAAAGCAAAUAUAAUCCUUU